UACUUUGAUGAAAAUGAAGAUGAUGAAAAUGAAAAAUGGGUAACCAAAAAUUACAAAUCAUCAGGUAAAAAAAGUGAUGCAUAUCUAAGUUGUCCAUGUUGCUUUACAUUAUUAUGUGUAGAGUGUCAAAGACAUUCAACUUAUAAAAAUCAAUAUAGAGCUAUUUCAGUAAACAAUUGUAUAGUAGAUAAAGAAAUUAAUAAUAAUAACAAUAACAAUAACAAUAAUACUAACAAUGAUGAUUCAAGUUCCGAUGAAGAUGAGGACGAGGUAUACCAACCUGUAAAAUGUUCAGUUUGCGAGACCCACGUCGCAAUGUUUGAUAAAGACGAAGUUUAUCAUUUUUUUAAUGUUUUUCCUUCAUAA